AUGGCCACACCCACUCCAAAUACAUAUGACUUUAUUGUUGUGGGUGGUGGAACUGCUGGAAAUGUCGUUGCAGGCAGAUUAGCAGAGAAUCCCGACGUGAAAGUCCUCGUGAUUGAAGCUGGAGUUGGUAAUCCAGACGAUAUCCCGACGAUUACGACGCCCGCUCGCGCAUUUGAACUCCGAAACAGCAAGUACGACUGGUCCUAUCAGACGACCUUCGUCGACAAGCCAGACUACGAGCGUGUUGAAAAGCCAAAUACCCGUGGAAAGGUGCUUGGCGGGAGUAGCAGCUUGAACUACUUCACCUGGAUUCGUGGUAGUAGGGAAACAUUCGAUGCGUGGCAGGAGUAUGGUGGCGAUGAAUGGACAUGGGAGAAGUGCAAACACUAUUUUGAAAAGCCAGCUUCAUAUCACGAUGAUGCUAGAGUGUAUGAUCCGCGAUUUUCCAAGAUCGCGCGGGAAGGCCCCCUCCACAUUUCCCACGCAACUUUGCUCCCGGAAACUCGCGCUUUCCGGGAUGCUCUAACAGAUGCUUGGACUAGCAAGGGCCAUGAAUUAAAAGAAGAUAUCUACAACGGUAGGUUGGAGGGCCUCGCCCACUGUGUUAGUACAGUCUACGAGGGUGUUCGAUCAAGCAGCGCAGUAUAUGUGACUGGGAAAGAGAAUGUGGAGAUAAUGCAUUCUACCGUCGCGACAAAGAUCAACUUUGAAAGUUAUACUGCAGUGAGCGUGACUGUGGUCGGGGCAGAUUACAAUGAGACCACAUUGAAAGCAACGAAAGAGAUCAUUAUUGCAGGUGGAGUUUUCGAAACACCCAAGCUAUUACUUCUUUCCGGCAUUGGUCCCAGACGUGAACUGGCUCGUCAUGGAAUCGAUCCUGUGAUAAUGUCCGAGCAUGUGGGCGAACAUCUUCUCGACCAUCCCAUUCUUCCACAUGUUUUUAAACUGAAGGAUGGCAUUGGUCUGGACCAUAUCCUCCUUCGAGGGGGACCUGCCCACGAUUCUGCCGUAACGCAGUACGAGAAGGAUAAAACGGGUCCACUGGCUAGCGGCCUCCUUGAGAUGGUAGCCUUCCCAUGCAUCGACGGGCAACUCGAAAAACAUGAGACGUACCGCAAAGCGAGGGCGAAUAAUGGAGGCAAAGAUCCUUUUGGACCUGAAGGUCAACCUCAUUUUGAGAUUGACUUUAUUCCUAUGUUCUGUGAUGCAUUCCAGUGGCACUUCGAUAUCCCACCUGAGGGAGACUGGCUGACAGUGGUCGUCGACCUUCUUCAUCCACAGUCAAAGGGCGGAUAUGUCAGACUCAAUUCGAUAGAUCCACGUGAACAACCCGACAUCAAUCUGAACUACUUUACCGACGAGCUGGACAUCCUCGCUUUGAGAGAGGGCAUUCGAUUUGUUGACGAUAUCCUUAUGAACGGCGAUGGAAUGAAAGAGAUCAUUACUGAGGAUUUCCCAUGGCCCAUGCCCCGCGAGUCGAAUGAAGAGAUGGAUCGCCUUAUCCUGGAUCGGGCGCAGACUGGAUAUCCUCCCUGGGGCACUGCCAGACUGUCUCACGACAUUGACCAAGGCGUCGUAGACUCUGAGCUGAGGGUCCAUGGGGCUAAUAGACUUCGCAUUGUUGAUGCGUCCAUCAUUCCGGUCAUUCUGGACUGCCGGAUCCAGAAUGCAGUCUACAUGAUUGGGGAAAAGGGUGCCGACAUAAUCAAAGCGGCUUAUCCGGAGCUCUAUAAAUGA